AUCUAGCAGUUUCUUUGUAUGAGCUGUUAUUUUGAAUGUGUAUCUCUAGCAGCUGGAUGGUUUUGCGAAUGAAACGUAUAGCACCAUUAUUAUUUAAUUGCUAAUGGUCACUCAGGCAGUGUGGACUAUUGGGGAUUAAGGACAAACACAGAACUGAAAUUCUCACUUAAGCAAUUCUGAUGCCUGUUUUUCCUCAUAUAGCUCUCAUUUGAGGAGGAAUCAGACUGUGUUGAUCAGUUCUUCUAUCUGUCGUGUAACCAUGGCGGGGAGACCCUUCCUCGUUUUGCUGCUUUUCCUCUGGACUGCUACAGCUCUCAGCAUGUCAGUCUUCUACAGCAGCCCAAAGGCUCAUAUGCUCCUGCGCACCAAAAGAGCCAACAGCUUCCUGGAGGAAAUCAAGCCUCCUUCACUGGAGCGAGAGUGUGUGGAGGAGCGCUGUGACUUUGAGGAGGCCAGAGAGAUCUUCCAGACCAGAGAGAGCACGUUGGAGUUCUGGACUCGGUAUGUGGAUGGCAACCAGUGCGUCCCUAACCCCUGCCAGAAUGGGCAUUGUGUGGACCAGUACCAGUCCUACAUUUGCAACUGCUUCCCUGGAUUUGAAGGAAAAUUCUGUCAUAUACAAACCACUUCCUUCAACUGCUCGGUGAACAAUGGUGACUGCAACCAAGACUGCAUAGAGAGGAAGGACAAAACUGGCCGUUUCUGCAGCUGCAUUCCUGGAUACCAACUCCACGAAAACGCCAAAAACUGUACUCCCAAAAAUCAAGAUUCAUGUGGACAGAUUUUGAUUGCCAAGUCGGCUUACAGUACUAAGCCCAGGCCAAUUUUACAGCCAUGGCUUGUUGGUGGUGAAGUUGGCAAAAAAGGAGAGAGUCCCUGGCAGGCUCUUAUACUGAACGCCAAAGGAAAAUUUCACUGUGGCGGAGUCUUGAUUGACGAAAGCUGGAUCCUCACUGCUGCCCACUGUCUUGAGACAAGCCUUCGCUUCAGUGUUCGACUAGGUGACUAUUUGCGAUUUAAAAAGGAAGACAGUGAAGUUACCAUCCCUGUGUCCAAAAUCGUCUCCCAUCCAAAGUACAACCCUGUGACGGUGGACAACGAUAUAGCCCUGCUGCGCUUGGCCACUCGGGUGAAAUUCACCAAUUACAUCCUGCCAGCGUGCCUCCCGAGCCGCAGCCUAGCUGAGCGUGUGCUCCACCUCAACGGAACCCAAACAGUAGUGACUGGCUGGGGCAAACAAAACGAGACGGCGUCCCACUACAGCUCUGCUCUCGGCUUCAUUCACAUCCCCCUGGUGGACCAUGACGAGUGCACCCGCCACAUGGUUAACAAUCUGACCCAGAACGUGCUGUGCGCCGGGAUAAUUGGGAAGGUCAGGGAUGCCUGUGAGGGAGACAGCGGCGGCCCCAUGAUGACCCAGUACCACAACACUUGGUUCCUCAUAGGCCUCGUGUCGUGGGGUGAGGGAUGCGGCCGCACAGACAAACUGGGCAUCUACACCAAAGUCUCCAAUUAUCUGGAGUGGAUAGACAGCGUCCGGAAGGAAGCAACAAGUCCUUGAUCCAUCGCCAGGAUUUCAGCUCUGCCCUGUGCUCGCCUUCUUCACCAUUCUGCUCAUUGUGUCACUCACAGUAUAACGUCCACGUAAGCUGCUAGGCCAUCUCCGGCCCCUCUAAGGCCAGAGGAGGCCUAGCAGGCUGCCUGGACGUUAAACACAGGGUGGUAAAAUGGUACGGCUGCACAAUAUUUCAUUUGUUAAUCACUGUUGUGAUAUUGGCAUUUGCAGUGCUGAUAUCACAGCUGGCUGCAAUAUGCAAAUGAGGCCUCUCACCAAGCACAAAGAUUUUUACUGUGUGCUGUGAGCAUCCCGGCCAAUCACAGCUCCAGAUAGUUUCUGUGGGUGUUUUAAUGAGCCACGAUAUUCAUGCAAUCCAACAAAAGUAAAUACCUUUGUUCAAAAUAA